AUGGCCGGUAUGAAAUUCUUGUCACUGCUGCUUGCCUCUACUGGGCUGGCGCAGGGUAAAUACAUUGUGCCGGGGGCUCGUUGGCGCGACACCAAAGGCGAGCUGGUCAACGCGCACGCCGGCGGCGUCACCAUCGACCAUGAGACGGGCAAGUUCUGGUGGUUCGGCGAGUACAAGAUCGAGGGCCAGGAGGAAGGCGGCGGCGUGUCGGUGUACAGCUCGGACGACCUGGCGACCUGGGAGCCUCACGGCCUGGCCCUGGCGCCGGUCGACGGCCACCCGUACAUAUCGCCCGAGCACAUCAUCCAGCGGCCCAAGGUGGUCUACUCCAACGCGACGGGCAACUACCACAUGUGGUGGCACGCCGACAACUCGACCUACGGCUGGCUGCUGCAGGGCUUCGCCACGUCGCCAAACAUCUCGGGCCCCUACACCUUUGUGGACGCCGUCGCGCCCCUCGGCAACUGGAGCCAGGACUUUGGCAUCUUCACCGACUACAAGGACGGGAGGUCCUACUCGCUCUACUCCAACGGCGACCGCAGGGACGCGAGGGACAACUACAUCACUAGGUUCAACGACGAGAUCACGGACCUCGAGGAGGUCGUCUACCGCUUCCACAAGUACGACCUCGAGGCCCCAAACAUUGUGCAGACCGACAAGUCCUACUAUAUCCUCAUGAGCCACAAGACGGGAUACCGUCCCAAUGACGUUGUUGCCAUGCGUGCCGAUAGCCUUUCCGGACCUUGGUCGCAGCCUUUCACGAUCGCACCGAGGGGAACAAGGACGUAUAGCUCACAGUCCGGCAACAACCUUCGCAUCGUAGGAACGGAGCAGACGACAUAUCUCUACCUCGGCGACCAAUGGGACCUCAACUCCCUCUGGGAAAGCCGAUACAUCUGGCUCCCGCUCGAGAUAGACGACGACAAGAAGACGCUGUCGGCAGCCUGGCACGACGUGUACGACCUGGACGUCAAGACGGGCCGCUGGCGCCCGGUCGAGGGCAAGACGUACUACAGCAGCGACGCGACGGUGGCGGGGAACGCGUUCCGGCAGGAGGCCAACUUUGCGUCGGGCGGGGCCAUCGUGACGGGCAUCUACGGCAACGACAGCUCCGUGACGUUUCACGGGGUCGAGGGCGCCGGCAAGCCGCAGUGGGUGUCGUUCGUCUACCAAAACACGGACGACAUGGACUUUGGCAACCAGCCCGGCGGCACGCCCGACCGCAUCGGCGGGUCGUGGCAGCUGAGGAGGAUCAGCAGCGUCGUCGUCAACGGGGACGACGACAACGUCGAGUCGCUCUACCAGAGGGACACGGUGAAGGGCGUGCUGGCGAGCGCGCCGCUGUUGCUGACGCUGGAGGAGGGCGCCAACAACACCAUCACCAUUGGAGGGCUGAGCAACGGGUUUGACUUUAAGGGCGCUGAUAUCGACAGGAUUAUCGUCUACCCGCCCGAGGAACAGCAACAAGGAAACCACAAUCGCAGAAAGAUUGCGAUGUUGGCCGAAAUGCAAGCUGAGAAGCCCAACAUGGCGGCAAUCGGUGACAAAAAGACCAAGGUCCAGCUCACCGGGACUCAAGGGACGCUUCUUGCGACGCUGUAUGCGCGCUAUCUCGAUUUGAAGUCGAACAACUCGGUGUUUGGUGACCGCUGGGCCGCCCACGUCGUGGACCAGAUCGAUUGGGACUGGGGCCAAUUCAACUUCAGCAGGAUGUUCCCUUACCUGAUCUCGAUGCGCGGACGCCAGAUUGACGCCUACACGUUGCGUUUCCUAGAGAAGCACAAGGCGACCGGCGCGACCGUAGUUCACAUGGCAUGUGGUCUGGACGGGCGCGUACACCGGAUGGUCGACCACUACGGCGGAGAGCUCCCGGCGCGAGUCGUUUGGAUCGAGGCCGACUUUCCCGAGGUCAUGGAGCUGCGCAAAAAGCUGCUCCCCCAACCCCGCGUGUCCCAGGACGGCGGCGAGUACAGGCAGGAUUGCUCUUCGGUCUUGGAGAAGACCUGGAUCGCCUCCCUGCCCACCGACAAGCCGGUGCUGCUCAUUGCCGAGGGUCUGGCGUUCUACCUCGAGCCGCACGUGGGCAAGAAGAUGUUCCGAGACCUGACGGAGAGCCUGCGACACGCGCCGGGCGGGGGCGAGGUCGUGCUCGACUGCAUCGGUACCAACAUUGUUCGAUGGCAGAGCUGGAUCGCAGCUAUUCAAGCCGUCAAGGCCGAGUUCAGCUGGGGAAUCGAUAGAGGCUACGAGGUCGCAGCUUGUCACCCGUCGCUGCACCUGCUUGAAGAUAUCAUAUACGCCAACCUCCCCGGGUUUGAAGUGAUGGACUGGUGGAACAAGUUCCUGCUGUGGACCACGCGAGGCCCGACGCCGACGUUUGGCCGUAUUCUGAGGCUGAAGUUUGAUGAUGACGAUGAUGAUUUGAACCCAACCCUCGAAAAGGAAAGUUGGUAUAUGUGA